CCAUAAACCCCAUUCAUCCACUCCACCACUGUCCGACCUGGUUACCACAUAUAGUUAUCCUAUCUUUGACCUCUCUUUUCGUCUAAAUUCAACUUGACCCUAACAAGCUACUGUGCUUUACUUUACUCUCUGUUGGCCUCGGUACUUUGGUGACUUAUCUCCUCCAGUAUCUCCGGCAUCCGUGCUGCGCUGCCCUUCCUCGGCCCUUUCUCGUUCCUCACCAAAUCACUUUACUACAAACUUGGACACUUUUGGGAACUCAUCAUCUACUACAAUCGAACCAACUGAACCCCUCUUUCUUCCCCACGGCCAGAGGUAGAUGAUCCAUCUGUCUGUCUCUUUGGCUAUAAAAAGAACCCAAGGGAGAUAAACCAGACAAUAUCUAUUAUAAGAGACAGCAGGUCAACUCAGACAGCAUAUCCUAAGCUCACUGUUCACCUCGCAGAUGGGCAAGACAAAGCACUGAGCACAAGUUCGUCAUCUAGACCUGGCCCGCAGUUGAAGUGAGUCCCUGUCGCCGGCCAUACUUCAACCCACAAGGGGACCAAGAACAGACCAGACCAGACAAGCUCUCGCUCCGACGGCCCAGUUGAAUUGGCAAACCGCCGACUCUCGAGUUACACAAGCAUGUUUCAGUUGCUCCAUUACUUGCCUCCAGAAGCUUCCCCAUAAGUCAACUGAUAGACUACUCCCAAACCCUGAGCCGCUGUCUUGUUCUACGCUCUGCCUUCUCUUCUGGCUUCCUCUUCCGCAAUCCUUGACCGAACUACAGUACAUCAUUUCUUCUCCCCCUUGAGUCAAUCUCAUUGUAUGCAACCUCCCGUUUUCUACUCCCGAUAUCCCAAGUCAUAUUUCUGCCACCAUUUAUAUCUCUCGUCCCAAUCUUCCCAAGACCACUUCAGUCGGCAUUCCAUUGUUCGUUCCUCUGCAAAAUACAACUAGUGCCGUUCGAUAACAUGGCUUAAGAUUCAAGCUUGAACCACAGACCUUCACACUCAUCAACGUCAUGUAAGAUUGCCACUCAACAUAGAGAUUUUUGCGGAUCGAAAAUUAUUUGGAACCUGCGUACUGUGUUUCCUCCCCUCAUCAUGGAUCAAGAAACUGGAUCGUCGUCUACGUCUGCGAACCAAAAGGCCCCUGCAAACUCCAACCAGCAGGAUGAAUCAAGAGAAGAGACAGAUCGCAAAAGGAACAAUAUUCGCAAAAGGACAAAGACCGGAUGUUUAAGUGAGUUGAUCGAUCUCCCCCUUGUAAGUGUGACUCGAGAACAAUGAUACUAAUGCAAGCUUGACAACAGCUUGUCGCAAGCGUCGAAUAAAAUGUGACGAAGGAAGGCCGAUAUGCAACAACUGUAUCAAAUCCAAACGCCAUUGCGAGGGCUACAACCAACGUGUUAUCUUCAAGGACCCUAUGGGUGCGAUACAAGGAGGCCCUUUUGGACCUGCUUAUUAUCCUCCUGGAUCUACGCACCUUGUCCCCCACUUACAAGCGAAGACCUCUCAGGGCCCAUUGCCCAUAAUUGCUCCUAAGCCACCUUCCUUUGGCUAUCAUGGACACCAACCGGCACCCUACGGGCAUUAUAUUCAUGGACAAGAAACCAUGCCCCCAAAUCCCUACGAUUUCAACGCCCCAUCAAUGCCUCAUCCAUAUCACCAACCGAACGGUAUGAUGCCUCCUGAGCCUCCGAUGGGAUAUGCUAGGCCGCCCCCUGACGCUCGACAACACUAUGAGGGACCUCAUCUCGACGGACAAGAUGGUCUCCCCUACGCGGGUAGUAGCCAGCCGGAACCUGUUGCCAUCAAGAGAGAAAGGAUGGAGGAGCUGAACCACAGAAUACCUGAACCUGACUUCGACUAUGACGACUAUGAAAUGCCGGAGGAUGAUGCUUCGAUGGGUGAAUCAGACGAUGAGGUUCAAGAUCCUCGGCAAGUUCUUGGACCUGUCAUGAAGCAGUUCAAUGGAACGUGGGACACAAACGGCACACGAGUCCGAACCUUUUCGACAUUUGCUCAGUGCAAUAUUCUCUCUGAUUAUACAGCUACAGCUCGGAUAACGGAACUCAAGGACCCUGCAAUGUUGCAAAUCUUCAUGCACUUUAUCCAAGUUACCGGCCCAAGCAUGUCAUUGUAUGAAAGGCAUCCUUUUGAUCAUACUGGCGAGAACUCUUUCGACCCUACCCCGAAAGGGGCUAAUAAUCUUUGGAGCUACACCUUCCCCGUCAUAUCUUUGAACCACCCCGCGUUGCUUCACUCUAUGCUUGCCUUGGGCGCCUUGCAAAUUGCAAAGCUGCAAAACAUACCGGCCACAGCUGCAAUGAAACACUAUCACUUGGCAAUUCGCCGAAUAGCUCGAAACGUCAACACACCCCUCAGACGAACACAACCUGCAACAGUAGCCGCGACACUGUUGUUGUCGUAUUUUGAGGUUUGGUCAUCGGAUCAUACCAAAUGGUGUAAUCAUCUUCUUGGUGCCAGAAUCUUGUUUAGCGAAAUACCCCUUAGACAGAUGUCAAGGAAAUAUUUGCCAGUCAAGCGUUACAAACAGGCAGAAAAAGACGCACAGAACCAGAAUCAAAUGGACAGCUUCUUCCCGGGUUUGAGUAUCCCCUCUCAGAGCGAACUCAAUGACCUGGAUUACAGCCUGCUGCAGGCAAUUUCGGGCCAGCAUAUAGCGGCAGAGGACUAUGGACUUGGGGUAAAACAACCAAUAGACCUAUCUCGGACGGUGACCGAUAGAGAUAUCGAGCACUACGAAAACAUCCGAGAUUUAUUCUGGUGGUAUUGCAAAAUGGAUGUGUAUCAGAGCAUGCUGGCGGGUACCAGACUCUUCAUGAACUACGAAUCUUGGUCUCAGUGUCCUCCCAGGGCGCCAAUUUCGAAACUUGAAGCUAUAUAUGGAUCGUAUGAUCAUCUUAUGCUUUUACUUGGCAGGCUUGCAGAUUUUUCUUCAAAAGAUAUUUCAAGAAAACGAAAAGCAAGUCUCGCCAGGGGACCUCCUCCUGGAGCUGGUGGCAGUUCACCACCAUCAUUCCCUGGUAUCGUUCCUACGGAUGGAAAGUUCCACGUACCAAGAGGUUUUACACCACCCCGUGAGACAUCGCCCCAGAGUGACUCUACAGAGGAUCACGAUGCAGACGCGAGUUACCAGGCUGCCCUUGAGGAGUGGGAGUCCAUCAAGCGGGGCUUCGAAGCAUAUGAAAGCAGCUUAGGACCAGAGUUUCAACCGCUCAAGCCAGAGUUCUCAGACAAACGAGACUCGCCAUUCGGAAUGACGAUGCAAUAUCGGACGUUUUCUGUUGCUGGAAUCUGGAUGAACUUUUAUAUGGGCAUGAUAAAUCUUGUUCGAUGCCACCCUUCGAUGCCUCCUGCGGCGAUGCAAGCAGCUGGCAUGUCAGCACGACAGACAGGUCCAUAUUCGAACAAACUGGGCCGAAUAGCGGCUGGCUUGUCGGAAGACGUUUCACAGGCAACGGAGAUCACAACCCUUGUCAGUGCUGCGUUCAUCGAGAGUUGCUUCUGCCUUUUCGUAGCAGCGAUUGAGUAUCAAGAUGAGAAACAGCGGCAUUGGGUGAUACGUCACUUACGGGACAUCACUCGAUUGACAGGAUGGCAAUCAGCAGAACGUAUUGCCACUGGAUGCGAAUCCUCUUGGAUCAAGGCCGCGCAGCUUGGUCGUGGUCCUCCGUACCAGCGUGCCCCGGAGACCGAACCAGUGCCUGUCGCAAGGUGGCAGAACCCACGACAAAUCGAUCGAUUCAUACACGAAGUCGAGACAGGCGAAGUUCGUCGUAUCCAAAUACCCAAGGCAGAACGGGCUUCGCUUGCGUUGGGCCUACUCAGUGUUGAGCGAGAUCUCGAAUUUCUUGAUCUUAAGGAUGACAAUUGAAGCAAUGUAUAGCAUGAACUGGCUUGUUAUAUAAUAUGGAUAUCAAGUUUCUGGGACUUUUUUAUAAUGCAGCGUAUGCUCUGCUCCUUGAUUAGUGCCUUGAAGAUCAAGUUCAGGUAUCGUUUAGCGAUCUGGAAAAUCGGAAAAAAGGGAUGGAAGCAAUAUUCACGAAAUUCGUUCAACCUGAAGCAACGUUGGAAGUCUGGCGGAACCGCAGUUGGCGAGUGCCCCUACUACAUUAAUGAUACAUAAUUCUGGCCCUCUUCUUGUGAGGCCCUCGAUGUUUCCGUCAAAACCUCUGUGAAAACAUCGCCUG